ACGUUGCUUCUAUCUCGUCUUUUCUUUUUAAAGGAUUGUUAGGCUGCAUCUGACCAAAUUGAUUUAUUUAUUUAUUCUAUUUGUACCCCGCCUGACUGGUCAAAACGACCAAAUGGAGCUAAAGGCUACUUCUCCAGCCAGGUGGGAGACUGGUCGGGUGGUUCGUCUGAGUUAGGGUUAUGAUCACCGUCCUCUUUCUUGCUGGUCUGCUCAUGGCCUUCCCCUCCUUCUGUCCACUCAUCUGUCCAGCGGCCACCUGCCGGCCCCCACCUGGCCCUUCCCUUCUCACCUGCCCCCUUGUCCUGUUCAAGCCAGCCUGGCCGGUGGGCCCGUGAGCUCUGGCCCAUCCCCUUCUCCUCCUCCUCCUCCCCCCAUGGGGCUGGCAGGGUUUCUAUAAGCAGGCGGACUCUCACAGAGUGCCUGGAUUCGACCAUGACGCUGUGGAACUGCAGGAAGCCGGCGGGCAAAGAUGGGACGGAGAUGGAGUCGGGCCCCAAAGGCCAGCCCCCCAAGAACAGGGCCGAGAAGGAACUGCUGGAGCACCCCUUUGGGAAGAGCUUUGGGAAGCGGGAGCCCCGGGGGGCACGGUGUGCCCAGAGGUGCCUGGGGGCUUUGAAGGGCCUGGGUCUCUCCAUCCGCACCCGGAUCUCCCACUUUGGUGAAGACUGGAUCUUCCUUUUCCUGCUGGGCAUCGCGAUGGCAACCCUCAGCUUCGGCUUGGACAUCAUCGUCUCCAAAUUCCAGCAAGCCAACCUGUGGGUUUAUGACGAGCUGGCAGACUACCGCUACCUGCAGUAUGUCUCUUGGGUCCUCUACCACAUGGUUUUGAUGAUGGUGUCGGCAGCUGCGGCCAAAUACAUCUCUCCCCAAGCAGCCGGUUCUGGGAUCCCUGAACUGAAAGUGGCCCUGCGGGGUGUCGUGCUACAUGAAUUCUUCACUUUCUGGACCUUCGCGGCAAAGUUGGUGGGAGUGAUUUGCACCUUAGCAGCAGGAAGCACCGUCUUUCUAGGGAAAAUGGGUCCCUUCGUCCACAUGGCCACGAUCCUGGCCAUUCUGCUCGGCAAAGCUAUGGUCAGAUUCUCCGUUUCUACCGAGAACCCGGGGCGCAAAUACGAGCUUCUGAGUGCAGGGGUGGCCGUGGGUGUGGCGUGUUGUUUCGUGGCUCCUGUCGGAGGGGUGCUGUUUGGGGUGGAGGUCACCGGCACCCACUUUGCUGUGCGCGAUUACUGGAGGGGGUUCUUUGCCGCCACGUGCGCUGCCCUUGCCUUCCGCCUGCUGGCUGUGCUCAACCACACAAGAGAAACCGUGGCCGUUCUAUUCCACACCGGCUGGCGCGUGGAGUUCCCCUACGACCUCCCUGAGUUGCUUUCCUAUGCCAUUCUGGGAGCACUUUGUGGAGGCCUGGGCUGGGUUUUUCUUUUCUGCCAUCGGAACAUCCUCGCAUUCCUCCGGAACUGGCCAAGAAUCAAACGCUUGACGGCGAACAACAAAAUCCUGUAUGCUGGCUUGGUCGCCCUUCUCCUGGCGAGCGUCACCUUCCCCCGGGGGUCUGGCCGGUACCUUGGCGCACGGUUCUCCAUGAAGGAACUCCUGGAGACCUUUUUCCGCAACGGGAGCUGGAGCCUGGAAGGAGCCCCGAUCCGCCCCAAUGGCACCCGCCGGGCCCCCAACCUGACUGAGGACUUCAGCUGGCUCCAGUGGGGCCACCCGACGCUCUCCCCGCUGGAGAUGGCCUCCCUCUUCCUCCUAGCAAAGUUUUUCAUGGUCCUCCUGGCUACCAGCAUGAUUGUGCCGGCCGGCUAUUUCCUCCCUGUCUUUGUUUACGGAGCAGCACUGGGCCGGCUGUACGGUGAGGCCAUGGCCAAAAUCUUCCCAGAUGGCCUUGUCUCCGAGGGUGUCCGCCUGCAGAUCACGCCAGCUGGCUAUGCUCUGGCAGGUGCGGCGGCGUAUUCUGGGGCCGUGACCCAGACCCUUUCGACGGCCCUGCUCACUUUUGAGCUGACGGGCCAAAUGUCCCACAUCCUGCCGGUCCUGCUCUCCGUGCUGGUGGCCAAUGCCAUCAGCCAGCGUGCGCAGCCUUCCUUCUUUGAUGGCAUCAUCAUCAUCAAGAAGCUUCCCUUCCUGCCCAAGCUUUUCAUGAGCAAAAGCAGGGGCCACGAUUUCUACACAGAGGAUUUUAUGGUGACGAAUCUCAAGUAUCUGUGCCGGGAGACCCAAUACAAACACCUCCGGUGGCUGCUGAAAACAUCCAAGCUGAAGCAGUUCCCGCUGGUGGACUCCCGAGGAAAGAUCUCUCCAGACUUCUGUCGGAGCAGCUGA